UUUCUUAAAGACCUUGAAAAGCCCAAACAAUCUUGUGCGCAGAACCAGGCAGCAGCUCUGAGCAGAAUAUCCAUGAAGGCAUCGGCUAUAAAUACACAACACACUCCGCUGCAGCUGGACACCUGUCUUUUACAAUCAUCUUCAGAGACGUCUACGACGUGAAAAGACGUGCGAACACACCGCAGCGUGUGGCAAGUUAAUAACAGCGACUGACAAGCCUCCAGCGAGCAAACAAGAAAUGAGUGGACGAAUCUGCAGGGCAGACUGGUGACUGAUAUAACACAGCGAAGAUCUGUAAACACGGGGCCCUUUUGCACAUAAACGAAGAGUGUUUUCCUGAAUGACUGACUGAGUGUCGAACAGCCUUGGUAUUCCGUGAAGGGCACACAUGGCCCACCGUGUGCACGACCAUCAGAGCCGUCUGCCCGUGGCCCAGGCCACGGUGCUGGCUCUGCCGCCUACCAGCCAAGCAAAGGACUUGAGGCCCAGAUGGACUGCUCUGGACUCCCUGCUGUGUGGUGCGUUUGCUGGAGCUGUGGCAAAAACGGUCAUUGCACCUCUGGAUCGGACCAAGAUCAUUUUCCAAGUGUCCUCCAAAAGAUUCUCAGCUAAGGAGGCUUUCAGGCUCAUUUACUGUACGUACAUGAAGCAUGGGCUGCUCAGUCUGUGGAGGGGAAACUCUGCCACCAUGGUGAGGGUCAUGCCCUAUGCUGCCAUCCAGUUCUGCUCCCACGAACAGUACAAAAAACUACUGGGGAGCUACUUCGGCUACCAGGGAAAAGCGCUGCCUCCUUUCCCACGUUUCCUGGCUGGUUCUCUUGCCGGCACAACUGCUGCUAUGCUAACCUACCCUUUGGACAUGGUGCGAGCCCGGAUGGCCGUCACCGCCAGAGAAAUGUACAGCAACAUCAUGCAUGUUUUUGUGCGCAUCUCCCAAGAGGAAGGUGUGAAGACCCUUUACAGAGGUUUCACCCCCACUAUUCUGGGUGUCAUCCCAUACGCAGGGAUCACAUUCUUUACAUACGAGACCCUCAAGAAGCUACACACAGAAAAAACGAAGCGAUCCCAACCUUACCCUCAUGAGCGCUUGGCCUUCGGUGCCUGCGCAGGCCUGAUUGGACAGUCUGCCUCGUACCCUCUGGACGUGGUACGUAGGCGCAUGCAGACGGCCGGCGUUACCGGCUCAUCCUACGGCACAAUUCUGGGGACCAUGCGUGAGAUUAUAACACAGGAGGGAGUUGUACGUGGACUAUACAAAGGCCUGAGCAUGAACUGGCUUAAAGGGCCCGUUGCCGUGGGGAUCAGCUUCACCACAUUUGACAUCACACACAGCCUUCUGCUCAAAUUGCAUCAGAUGGGCUACUUUACUCACUGAAUCGGUUAGGAGCGACAGAGGGGAAGCGAAAAAGCACAGAUGAGACUGGCAUGAGAGAGGUGGUCAAGUCUGUUAUAUGGCAAUAAUAAGUCUCUGCACUCAGUGCAGGGCUGUCCUGCUGCACUCUCCUGUUCCCUUCAGACAGGAUGUCAGAGGAGAGGAUGAGUGUGGACGGAAGGUCUGUUGUGCACACAGAAACACAGUAUCUAAAGUCGGCUGAGUGAGUGAACAAAAAAAGUGUCUUCAAAUAUUCGUUCACACAAUCACAACUUUGUUUUGAAAUCAUGGUACCAUCGUUGUGGCUCAAGUGAUUAACAGUGGAUGAAGACUUAUUUUUGAUAGAUGAAUAUGGAGGAGUUUGUUUGUGUUGUGUUGAUAAUCUAACGCUUGCACUUUAUUAGACCUAUAAUGUUUCUUUCAACUAAUUCCUGUAUCCUUUUUGAUUAUUUCAAAUAACCCGAUCAUGCAAGAUGUGUGAUUUGUACCCGGUAACAAAAGGGGUGAUUAUGCAAUAUGUUUUUAAAUUUCAAUUUUUAUGAUGGUGCCGGUGUGGAUGUAACUGAGAUUGACGGAACAAAUGAUUGUAGGAGGGUGAUCAUGUCAGCAGGACUGCACAGUUUCACUGUCCUUCCAGCACUGAGGUUGUGUGGUAUGAUGUUAUAAAGUCUAAUAUGUGGAGGUUAAUCAGAUAUGAGAGAUAAAUAUAUAUAAUACAGAUUUUGGCUUAUAUACAUAUUAUUAUGAUUUCAUUUUUAUACUGUGCUCAUAUUGUUGUGCAGAUUCUGUCACUGCUUUUACUUGAAUGUAAGGCGCCUAAAACAUCUAAAUAUGCCAAAGCACUGAUCUCAGUUUCAUGUUGAGUAAAUAAUAAUCAUACUUCAACUGCUAAUGUACAUUUCAAAAUCCAGUAUUUCCAAAGAUGUAACUUUACAGUUGUCUCAAGCAUAACUGGCCAUGCAAUAAAGUGUCCAUACAAAACA